UUUUCCAGCGACACCUCCCUCCCUUCGCUGCUCCACACACAGUUGUGUUUUCGGUCAAACAUGUCGAGUUCCUACAGAAACAGGAUUCAGGAGUUUAAGACGGCGCUGAGCGAGGAGAAGAUCGACCUCAAGGCACUACGCGAGCUCUGCUUCGGCGGAAUUCCUUUCGAGGGCGGGAUCCGAUCCCUCUGCUGGAAGAUCUUGUUGAACUACCUGCCCCUGGACCAGGCACUAUGGGACUCGUUCCUGAAAAAACAGAGGGAGAUUUAUUCCCAGUUCCUGAAGGAGAUGAUCAUCCAGCCGGGAAUCGCUAAAGCUAAUCUGGGCGUCUCCAGAGAGGACGUGACCAUGGAGGACCACCCUCUGAACCCGGAUCCCGAGAGCCGAUGGAACAAUUACUUUAAGGAUAACGAGGUUCUGUUACAGAUCGAUAAGGACGUCAGGCGUUUAUAUCCCGACAUGGCGUUCUUCCAGAGACCCACCGAGUUUCCCUGCCAGCUGAUCCUCGACUCGCAGAACGAGUACGAAACCCUGCGCAGACGUGUGGAGCAAACCACGCUCAAAGCUCAGACCGUCAACCGCAACCGCAGCGGAGUGACCAACGUGAGCUCCCCGGGCAAGGCGCUGAACCUGUACCCGUCCAACGAGUACGAGGUUUUGCCGAACGGCUGCGAGGCGCACUGGGAGGUGGUGGAGCGAAUCCUGUUCAUCUACGCCAAGCUGAACCCGGGCAUCGCCUACGUACAGGGCAUGAACGAGAUCGUCGGGCCGAUUUACUACACCUUCGCCAUCGACCCCAACCCAGAGUGGAAAGAGCACGCGGAGGCCGACACGUUCUUCUGUUUCACCAACCUGAUGUCGGAGAACCGCGAUAACUUCAUCAAGAGCCUGGACGACUCGCAGUGCGGCAUCACGUACAAGAUGGAGAGCGUCUUCUCCAUGCUGAAGGAGAAAGAUCUGGAGCUCUACAUGAAGCUGCAGGAGCAGAACAUCAAGCCGCAGUACUUCACCUUCCGCUGGCUCACUCUGCUGCUCUCUCAGGAGUUCCUGCUGCCGGACGUGAUCCGGAUUUGGGACUCUCUUUUCUCUGAUCAGGAUCGCUUCCACUUCCUCAUACUCGUCUGCUGCGCCAUGCUCACUUUAAUCCGUGAUCAGUUGUUGGAGGGAGACUUUACAACAAAUAUGAGAUUACUCCAGGAUUACCCCAUUUCAGACGUACACACCAUCCUCACCAAGGCUAAGGAGCUGCAGGACGGCUCGUAGCUCAGACACACGCACACAUACUUCUCGUUACAGAGAAACCACGGCGACCAGUAACCAUGACGACAAACGGAGCAGUGCCCCAGUGCAUCCUGGGACGGGAUGUCAUCUUUCUGCCAUUGCAUUAUGGGAAAUUACGGGAGAAAACCUUACGCCUCGGCUCGUGGGUCACGCCUCCCGUGAUCAUCAGACUGUGUGUGUGUGUGUGUGUGUGUGUGUGUGUGGAGCCUUUGAUUGCACUGAACAUUUGAAAAGGAUACUCAGUAUCUAGGACACUCUCCAAAUUUACAAUCCACGUGAAGGUUUCUCAGUGUUUCUUUUUCUUCUAUUUUUUAUUUUUACUUUAUAUGAAACGUCAACUUUUUUCCUUUUUCUUCUUUUUUUAAUAAGGGAUGUGUUGUUGGGGAAACGGGAGGGAGAGGUUUAGCAGCAGUGCACACCAUGAACAAACAUUACUUCUACACUAAGCAUGAUUAUUGAGCUAAAAACAAACUUAACAACGAAACAAGCCAACCAAACACUUCCAUCGACACUCCAGUACUAUAAUCUAACGUUGAUACGCUGUGAGGCAAUAACCACGCUCUCAGUAACGAGUUCUGCGCUCUGAUUGGUCGGAAGGUGCUGAUUAGUUCCCUGUAACAGCAACUCUGACAGCUCGUCCUGAUGCGCCAUGGUUUCCAUAGUAACAGCUCAUACAGAGGGACGAUAAUCCACGCAAUAAGACCCGUCCUGUAAGAGGUCGUUAGUGUGAUGUAACGUUUUAUUGAAGGAGUCUCCAGUGUCGGGGGUUAAACUGUAACUUAAUUGUGCUAUUGGGAAAUAAUCAGCGUAACUCCGCAUCAUCACACCAACACCACGUUGUGUUUUGUUCUGUACAUAGACCUGUGUGUGUGUGUGUGUGUGUGGGGACAUAGAGCUGACACUAUGUAAAUCUCUGUCUCUUAUUGUAUGUUUUAAAUCAUAUUUCAUGUUCUCUCUCCAUUCCAAGAUCUACUGCAUGUGUAGAUUUUGCUGUGUGUGUGUGUGUGUGUGUGUGUGUGUGCGCGCGUGCAAUACCUUUUCCACUGACAUGGAACCGCCGCUUUUCAGGUUCUCUGAUUUGUUACAUCAUACUGUGGGCGGAGCUUAUAUACUGAGCGUUAAUGUUUUUUACAAAUAUAUAUCGCCCGUCCCGAAGCCUUGAUUAUUUUUAGCGUUUGGAAUAAACACUAACAGGCGUCGCCGAGACAACGAAGGCGGGGCUUAUGUCACAUAAGACAUUGCUACAUGGCAUUACUGUAGUUUUGUUCAUUUUUAGCUAGCUGGCUAACAAAGCAGAAAAAUAGUUUAGCAUAGCAUUGCAUUUAGAUCACUGGCUAGUCUCAGUAAAGGAGGCGUGGCCUCUGUGAUGGAUGUCAGUCAUAAUGAAAGGUGUGGCCUGUGAUUGUAUUCUCUCUAGAAAUGGAGGUUUGGCAGUGCCUUUUUGCCUGUCAGUCACAGUGAAUUGGGUGUGGCUUCGGUACCUGUCAUUGCCAGUGAAGGUGCCUCUUAGUAACGGAGGUGUGGCCGAGGAGAUGGAGGCGUGGCCUCUGUACCUGUCAGUGGUGAGACCUCUGUAGACGAAGAAGGUGUGGCAUGUGUGUCUGCAUGGUACAGGAAAAGGGGUGUGGCCUCUGCGAAUGGCAUUCCAAAUGAAGGUGUGGCCUUGGUAAAGAAGGCGUGGCUUUUGUAAUUGUCAGUCCUAGUGAAGGAGGCGUGGCCUUUUCUACCUGUCAGUCUCCGAGAAAGAGACGUGGCCUUUGUACCUGUCAGACUCGGUAAAGGAGGCGUGGCCUUUGUACCUGUCAGGAGGCGUGGCCUCUCACUCAGAAAGGGAGUUACUGUUAGCUGUGGUGAGAAUGAGAAACGGUUCCAGGUGAAGCUUCGGCACCGUGUCAGUGGAAGAGAGUUAUGAGUUUAUUAACCACGUACUAAUCUCUGUAACACAUUAGAACAUGCACUAGUUAUCCAGCUGAAGUGUGUGUGUGUGUGUGUGUGUGUGUGUGUGUGUCUGCUGUCUCUGAUGUUAAUCUUCAACACCGCAUGCACGUGUUUACGCCGCUUCUGUCCCUCGUCUCUGAAACGGAACUGAUGAAGAGCUGAUGGAGCUGCACAGAUAAACAACUCGUCACCUGCAGAUCCGGACGAUGGCGUCCGCGUAGCUAACGCUUUUAUUUAUUCAUGUUACUCAGAAACGCAGAGAUGCUUCACUAUCAUCGUAGUCCUGUUAAGCAGAAGCGAAACGUUCUUCUGUAAAACUCACCAUUACAAACGUGUCCUUGUUUCACAUUCCUGAUGCCUGAUGGAUUUUUAUCCCACGUCCCGAAAUCAGCACGCUCCCUACCUAGGCAGCCUUCAGAGUGAUGAUGAUGAUGUAAUCGUGGUAUUGAUUAACGGCACAUGCUAAUAAGCAAUUGAAUCACAGCACCACUCUCCAGACUGAUUUAUUAAAUAAAUGUACGACGCAAAACUGGA